AAAUUUAAUGAGCACCAACCUUUCUGCACUUAUUAGGUUCACGUGAACAACAGACAAAGGUUUUAUUUCUAUUAGAAGAUGGAGAAAUUUUUUCACUAUGAACUACACCACAAAAUAUCCGCAGACUUUAGACCUGGCGAGGUUGUAGGUGCUGGUAGUUUUGGUCGUGUUGUUUUACUAGAAGAUCCUGCACAUCCUGAGAGAAAAGAUUUUGUCAUCAAAGAAAUUUUCUUGGAAGAGAGCUUAGUCAAACAGAACGCUGCCAGACUUCAUGUCGAGGUCGCCAUCUUGAGUGCACUUCAUCACGAACACAUCGUACAGUUCUACGGCUGUAAGUUUGAGAAAAAUAAAAUCUGGAUAUUUUUGGCGUACAUGCAGAAGGGCUCAUUGAAAGAUUACAUAGAAGGGAAGAAGAAGGAAAUAGAAGGAAAAUGUGUAGAACACAUGGAUGCUACUACUGAAGAACAAAAGAAACAAUUAACGAAGACAUAUAUUGAAGAAAAUGGCGUUCUAAGUGAAGAAACAACGUCACUAUUUACUUACCAAAUUUUAAAAGGCUUAAUUUAUCUCCAUGAUAACUUAAUCAUACACAGGGAUAUUAAAGGUGCUAAUAUUUUGUUGGACCAAGACUUAAAAAUAAAGCUGGCAGAUUUAGGAAUUUCUAAAAUUCUGAGAAACCAAACAACCAACACAUCAGAGAUGGGAACAGUCAAAUGGAUGGCACCUGAGAUUAUCAAUGAGAAACCUUAUGAUUUUAAAGUCGACAUAUGGAGUGUAGGGGCUACAGUGGUAGAGAUGGUCACUGGGUCCCCACCUUUCCCUGACCUUCAACCAACCAGGGUCAUCAUACAAAUGGCGACCAACCCAACAGCUGAGUUUAGACUUCCAGACACUGCGUCUGAAAAUUUGAAGUUGUUUUUAAAUUCCACGUUCAAUGCAAUACCAGAGGAGCGUCCUACAUCAAGGGAGUUAAUUAAAGAACAUUUUGUUGCAGAUAACAACAAAGAUACAACUACAGAGACGGAAAUGUCUGAUCAAAUUAAGUUAUCUAACGAUGACUUGGAAACAGAAGGAAAUAUUGAAGACGAGAAUAAUUUUAAAGACUCUUCCUUACACACUCUCUUAAGAAAUUGUAACAAAAAUCCAGGACAUGAGAAGUUUAUUCCUAUUAAUAAAUUUGUCGCUCAUCAUCUCCCUCCUGGUUACCGUAACAACGAGCUGGUUCAACUAGUUCAAGCCCUGGCUGACCUUUCUGUCAGGGUAGCCGUUAAGUUGACCAGUCCAGACAGACCAGAGUUUGUACCAGGCACUAAAGAUCCAUAUCCUGGCUACAACACCAAGGGACAGAACUCACUGAGGACAGGGACUGGGUGGGUGGAGCGUGUCACCAAGUACACAGAGGGAAUGCUAAACAACAGAACUUGUCCAUGUCCUGAAUGUGACCACUCGGACACACCCAGCAAAGUGUGGUGGGAGGUUGUUGUGGUGACAGCCAGAUUUGUGGUUUUUGAUGAGAGUGAGGCGAGACAGUCCAGCUGUAUGUUGUGGUUUGAUGAUGAUAUAAGUCCACUGGUCAAGAUUCAUGGGUGGAAGAUUAUAUGUCAUGUGGAGGUCACAAAUAAUUUAAAAAUAACUGCAACUAAUGACAUUAAGACUACAUUGAUGGCCAGUAAUGACAAGAUGGCCAGCAGUGAAAAAAUGGCCAGCAGUGAAAAAAUGCCCAGUUUUGAUCUAUCAAACAAUUUCACAGGAAAUAUCCUGGGUAAUUUAGAUGACCACAACAGUUUGACAAGUGAGGAUGACAUAUCAAAAUAUUUUUCAGGUACACAUGAAGUACAAGAAUGUCUUGAAGGUCAAGGUGAGGCAGAAUUACAUCAACACCAGACAAAUUGCAAGAAAAACCCUGGCCAUGAAGAGUUUGUACCCGUAAAUAAGUUCAGUCUUGAACACUUUCCUCCUGGUUACGAUGACAACGACCUGUACGACUUUAUAAAAAUUGUGGCUGACCUAACUGUCAGGAUAGGCAUUAACUUCACCAGUCCUGACAGACCAGAGUUUGUACCAGGCACUAAAGAUCCAUAUCCAUUCUACAACACCAGGGGCAAGAGAAUAAUGACAACAGGGACAGGGAGGAUGUUUAAUGCUACCAAGAUUACAGAACAAAUGAGGGACUACAGAACUUGUCCAUGUCCUGAUUGCCUAAAGUCAAAAACACCCAGCAAAGUGUGGUGGAGGAUUCAGGUGGCGACAGCUACACAUGUGGUUUUUGAUGAGAGUGAGGCGAGAAAGUCCAACUGCAGGUUGUGGUUUGAUGAUGAUAAAAGUCCAGUGGUCAAGAUUUGUGCGUUGAAGGAUAGUGGGUCAAAUUCUGUGGGAGAUAUGUCAAUUUUAAAUUGUGCGACACAUGAUUUAGAUAUGGGUGAAAAUCUGCAAAAGAUAAUGAUUCGGUAUAUUGAUCUAUGGCAAAAACUAGAGGACAAAUACAAGAGUCGUAGAGAUGUGGACAAGCUGACCAUUAUAGUGUCACAUCCUCAUGGCUGUUCUAAGAAGGUCUCUGUAGGUCACUGGGUACACAGGCAGGAGUUACCCAGACCGGAUGUAAACGGGCAUGUGGGGAAGGGUAAAAUGACCAGGUACACGUACACAACUUGUACCUGUCCAGGUAGCAGUGGGGCUUUUGUGUACAGAAUAGGGUGUGCUUGGUCCAGCCACCCCCAUACUGGAUCCAAGUCUACGGGAUUAAAUUAUAGUGGGUUAUGGGCAGAAUGUGACUUGUAG